AUGUCUUUAAAAAAACCUGCAGUAAAUCUAAAUAAUAUUACUAUUUUAUCAAUAUUCAGUUUAGGUUUUCUUGUGCGAAUUAUUUUAUUUAGAAAUAAAAACAUUAUAUCUUUAUUAAGCAAUCGGGUUGAGAUAGCUACAACGGUUACAAGUUAUAAAAGACUCAAAGAAGGUCUUUUUCUUUAUGAACAUGGAAUUUCUCCAUACAAUGAUAACUCAUUUCAUCAUACACCCUUAUUACUUGCGCUAUUUUCAGUAAUCAGGCUCAUUUCUAAUUCACAAUUUCUUGUUUCAUUGCUUUAUACAAUUAUAGACUUGUUUUCUGCAUGGUUUCUUUUGGAUUUAACAAAUUCUACAAUUUUAAAAGAUCAUUCUAUAAAUCCUUGGAUGAAAUAUUUUACAAUCUUUUCAUUUCUUCUUAAUCCUUAUUCUAUUGUUUCUUGUGUAGGAAUGUCAACUGCUAUUUUCACUAAUUGUUCUAUAUUUGCUAGUCUUUCUUAUUUGCAAUGCAGAAAAUCUUUACAAUCUAUCUUUUUUUUAGCUAUAGCUACUUAUUUAAGUUUUUACCCUAUUCUUUUACUUCCACCAUUAAUACUUAUACUACACAAAAACAAUACCAGAAAAACGAAUAUAUCUACUACUAAAAGCAUUAUUUUAUUUUUUGCUGCAUUAUUAUUAUUAUUAUUAUUAAGUUUCAUUACAACAGGUUCUUGGGAUUUCUUAUCUGCAACAUAUGGAUUUAUACUACUUGCGCCUGACCUUACACCUAAUGUUGGGCUUUGGUGGUAUUUUUUUACUGAAAUAUUCGAUUCAUUUAGAUUAUUUUUUACUUCUAUUUUUCAAUUGCAUUUAUUUAUCUAUUUGGCACCAUUAUGUAUACGAUUAAGAAAAUACCCUUUUUUUAUAAUUAUUAUAUUAUGUGGAAUAAUGUCUAUUUUAAAACCAUAUCCAUCAAUUGCAGACGCUGUAUUAUUUAUGUCACUAUUUCCACUUCUUCAUCCAAUUCAUUCAUAUAUGCGUUAUAAAUUUGCAACUACGUUGUGUUUUUUUUAUUGUAGUUUUCUAGGCCCUAUUUUUUACUAUCUCUGGAUAAAUGCUGGUUCAGGAAAUGCCAACUUUUUUUAUAGCAUUACACUUGUUUGGAAUUUCAAUUUAAGCAUUAUUGUAACAGAUAUAGUUUUUGCAAUAUUAAAAAUGGAAUUAGAAAUAGAAAAACCAGAUAUGAAAGGGGUUGAUGUAAUCCAAAUAAAUUAUUAA